AUGGAUGAUUUGAUAGAGCACUCGCUGUUAUUGACGUUGAACGAAGCCUCACGAGAUGCUUUACCCGAUUUUGGAUCAGAGUCAGAAGGCGAGACAAGAUUCCAUGCCAGUCCGCAUCUUGGAGAAAGUGGGGAAGAGCAAGCAGAAGCCGAGGAUGAUUCUUUUCCGUCCUUGAAUGAAUUAAGAGAAAGCAUUGUGGGCACAUUGGAUGCUUCGAUCGCAAAUUUUGACGAUUUAUUUUCGCGCCGGGGGGUUGUCUCACAGCCACAACUUUUCAAACUUACAGAUGACUUACUGGGAAUAAUUUUGGGCAUUCUUGUAGAGCCACAGCUCGCCGAGCCUCCUUCUACCAUUUGCUAUCAAAAGUAUGCCAAACGGAGUCGAAGGAAUGAAGAGUUUAAAGAGAGCGUAAAAACGAUCCAGAGACUGCGAUUGGUAUGCCGAAGGAUUUGCAAUGUCAGCUCACCCUUUCUUAUUCCUAUUGUGCGUGUUGAAUUGAAUACACAAUCCCUUGCGCGCCUUGAUAUGAUCUCUCGUCAUUCUACUAUCGGCAAAGGCGUUAGAACUGUAAGAGUCAUUACUCGUUGCUUGGACCGCGUAUUGGCCAAUAGCUUUGAGAAUUUCCGUCGUCUUAAGUCUAGGUACUUACGUCAAUCUCUAGAGGAUUUGAUGAAUACUAAACUUUCGGUAGACGAGGAGGGAGAGUCCAGGAUGAGUUGGGAGUUAUAUCGGCGGUAUAUAUCUGCUGGAUCGUAUAAUAGUAUCUUAAUGGGUAUCUUGUAUUAUGGGUUUCAUGUAUCGGAUGGAUCAGAUGAUAGUAACGUUCACCAAAUCUUGCGUCAAAUCUUCUGGAGCAAAGCUUUUGAGCGGUAUAAACAUCUCCUUGCAGAACAAGAAAACCUAACAAAAGAGAACGUAUUUCUGGAGGGCGUUAGCACUGCGGUCGCUCGAAUGCCAAGGGCAACAACACUUCAAGUUUACGACAAGGACCGUGAUAAUCUUUAUGAACAUCGCCCUCAUCUAAGAUUUUUUUCAAAAUCAAAAUUAUUGAUUGGAUAUUGUGAAAAUGAGGAUAAACUCAUCGACGAUAUUAAUAAAUCCAAAUUAUUGGGCUGUGGGGAUUAUGACGAUUCAAAUUUCCGAAUCGAUAAAAGUUGGAGUUCACCAUCCGCUCAGAUACUUCUUAAGCUUCCAGCGGCUAUCCACAAGGCUGGCAGGUUACUCGAAAACAUCUGCAUUGAAAUAAAGGGUCCCAGAGAUUACAGAACUUUGGCCUCAUUUGAGGGCUUCCAAGCACUUUCAGCUGCGACACAGCGGCUAAAACAGUUCACGUUUUAUAACCAAUAUGGGUUCGAUGAUGAAAGCGAUGAAGAAGAUGAGUGGACGCCCAAGAAAUUAGAUGGUCUGAUUACAUAUCUCUCUGCGAUUGUGAACACAAAUGCUCUAGAAAAGAUUGACAUCAAUCUAUGCUACCUCGGUAUAGGGAUGGGGAACUUAGACAUGGAGAAACCUAAUCCAUCGGUGCCUUCUUUAGGAACAAUUCUCACCAGUCGUAUAUGGCCGAAUCUGAAAUCAGUAUAUUUAAAUGGAAUUACACCUUGUGUAUCUCAUAAGUGGCUCGUGGAGCGAGGGACUCGAAAUAUUCAAAAGAAAUUCGAUCCAAAAUUUGAUCCUUGGGGAGCCAAUUUCAAAGUCGGAGUGCCGAGCAUUAUUUUGCAGCGGAAAGCUUUUUUGGGACUGGGACAAGAAGCAAUUUUAUUGGGACUGUGGCGAUUCGCUGGUGGACAGUAA